GUUACGCGUCUAUUACCAGUCCCUCUGUCCUACUCUACAGCAGCUCUACAGCGACACACUCUUCCAUCGACAAAUAUCGAACGACACUCUACAAUGGCUGGAUUAGAAAACCUCCUGCCUUUGAUUUAUCAUGAAAAACAACAACCGGGAUCAAUGCUCUGCGCCCAACAUGCACUCAAUUCCCUUUUGCAAGGAAACUUUUUCUCAGCUUCAGAUCUGUCAGCAAUCGCUCAAAAUCUAGACGAUCUUGAAGGCACUUAUGAUACCGAAAAUCCAAGUUUGACGAGUCAGAAUAUGGAUGAUACGGGGUUCUUCUCCGUUCAAGUGUUGGAAAACGCGCUGGAUGUAUGGGGACUGAGCUUGCUUCGAUGGAGAAGUGAACAAAUGCGUCCGUACCAGGAUUAUCCCGAGCAGGAACGCGCGUUCAUUUUCAACUCACAGCAACAUUGGUACACACUGCGGCGUUUCGGUGCCUUUGAAUCAUAUCAAGAUGGUGCUGGAUCUGGCCACUGGUUUAACCUGAAUUCCUCCCUUCCAAGUCCGGAAUGGGUUUCUAAAUUAUAUCUCUCAAUGUUCAUACAAGCUGCUGAGACUGACGGAUAUUCUGUGUUUGUAGUGCGACCAACGGAUCCGGAAGCACCGCAUACUCUUCCAAAGACAGAAGCUGAUGAUGUCGCCUCUACUCUCCCUGAUCCUCCCGGUGCACAAUCUGUUACACCGCGAACACAUGAUGCGGAUGCUAUGGAAUUUGAGGGUAUGGAAGACGAAGAUAUUGAACUCCAGAUGGCCUUACAAGCAUCACUGGGACAUGAUAUCCCACCCUCACCUGCCGACCCACCCCAACUUUUACGAACUUCAGUUCCAUUACCUCUAGUCGAUUCUUAUCCACCAUCAACGUCUGGAUCCGGGACGCGCACCCCUUUGCAACAAGACUCUCUUCUAUCUCCCAUUAGUCCAGAUGUGCCACACGAUCCGGCCUCAGUCGAAGCAUCUAUAGCACAGAGUCGAAGGAUAUAUGAAAGGAUGUUGGCAGAACAGAACCUAGCUCAUAGAGAAAUAGCAGCUGAGGGUGGUGGAAAUUCACGGGUUCGGAGGAUGCGGGAAGAGGAGGAGGAGGAAGAGAUGCUGAGACGAGCUAUUGCCGAAAGCGAAGCUAUGGCGAAGGAGGAAGGGCAUGAAUUGGGCAGUAUUGGUGACGAUGAAGGUGGAAGCCACGUGGACUUAGAUCAGUCGCAUCUUGCACCACCAUCUACUGCAGGACGUCGCGUGUAUGACGAUGAAGAUGCGGAACUUCAAGCUGCCCUCCGGGCCUCAUUAGAAGGCUGGAAUCCGCCGCCAGAAACAACCACUGUCUCUGCACCUACUGUGUCGCAUACAUCUCCUUUACAGUCUUCCGACUCCUCUAUGACUGAUGAUGAUGAGUCUAUUGCUUCUGAAGACACUGCGCCUGCAGAAUCUUCUGAAGCACCCGUCAGUGUGGAGGAGAUGAGAAGACGAAGGUUGGCUCGUUUUGGUGCUUAGAAUAUGGGUCGAUUAGAAUGGUGAACACUGAUGAACACUCUUGAACACUUCUGUACUGGGUAGUAUGUAUCCCCUAAUGUCUUGUAUUUGUUCAACGCCCAUGUAUUAAGCGCCUCAUAGUAACACUGUCAGCGUCUAAUCUUGCUUG